GCGCGCACGUCGCUGUCACUCAGUUGGUUGUAGGAAAUGCGGACACGGCGAGAUGUAGGGCCGUGUUUAUCUCUUCCAGUGAUGCGGCCCAAUUCAUAUUUCAUGGAGGUUCCUUGACCUUUUCAAACGCACUGCAAAAGUGUACUCAAUGCCAACAGUGAAACGGAUCUGUUUGCGCGCGGAUGAGAGGGAAGCCAGUGCGGAGCGGCAGUGUUUAGCUAACGGCGUUAGCUCAGCAACACACCACCCGCCACACACAGACCCCUAACCGCACUUUUAGGUUUAUCAUUCCAACUUCUUCAUCGUCCCAGAGGCUUACCAGCGGCCUGCCUCCCUCGCUUCUUACAUCCGUUCAUCGGUGGCGGCGGGGGGGUCACGAUAACCGGAGCGGACAGGAGCCCCCCCGGCUUGGACGGACAGAUCCCUCAGCCUGCGCCGUAUCACUGAGGAGCAAAAGCUAUGGCUGAAAUCACCACCAUCACUCCCUCCCCUCCUGGUAUGGGUGAACAACCAGUGCCUGCUCCCUCCAGCCCACAGCCUCUCCCCUCAGAAACUCCCAUCCCGAAAUCCUCUCUCUACGGUGAUCGAGCUGUGAUGGGAAACCCUACAUUACAGACAAGUGGAAGAAAUUCUUCAUCUUGGGAGAGCACACCUGGCCACAACAGUACCACCUCCUCUUCAGUGGAAACUAAGAGUGCUGCUGGUCCACCAGCAGAGGUACUUGCUGCUACAGAAGGAGAAACUAAUGGGAAAAAUGAUUUAGUUGAGCAGCCCGCUGAAGCACAGAGUUUAGAGCAGGAGCAACAGAUGCCGCCAUCGCCUGAACUUAAUCCCAGUCCUAAUCUCUAUCCCAAUGUUCAAGUCAGCCAGACUUCCAGUCCCACUCCCCCCAUACACAUUCCUCCUCAAUCUACACCUCCUCCUGUUCUCAACUCCAACCCGGCUCCCUCUUCGCAAGACUCCAGGCAAACAGAAGCACAAGCAGUCCCUGAGCCCGAACCAAACACUCCCAGCACCACCAUAAUGACCCCUGAACUCCCCUGCACACCCUCCAGAGCCGAGCCUCCUGCAGUACUGGUGCAGGAGUCUGCUGGGUCAUUGGGGCUCCCCUCUGCUUACAGACGACCGGCCCCAGACACGCUCAGCUACCUGGAGUCUGCUAGCCUCAUGUCGGGCACGCUGGAGUCUCUGUCGGGGCUCGGCGAGGAUGGCAGCUCCAUUGGCUCAGACUCUGAGAUCAACGGUCCAGUGAGGAAAACUGAUAAAUACGGCUUCCUGGGAGGAGCGCAGUACAGCGAGAGCAAACAUUGUGCGGGAUUGGGACCAAAUCUAAUUAGUGAGGCGGAGCUUGCUGUAGCUGUGGCCAGACAGAGAGAGAUGAAAUGGCUCGACAUGUUCAGAAACUGGGACAAAUGGGUAUCCCGACGCUUUCAAAAGGUAAAAAUGCGCUGCAGGAAAGGAAUCCCCUCAUCGCUCAGAUCUAAAGCCUGGCAGCUGCUCUCCAACAGCCAGGAGCUCCUCGAGUCCAAUCCCGGGAAGUUUGAGGAGUUGGAGCAGGAGCAGGGGGAUCCCAAGUGGUUGGACAUCAUAGAGAAAGACUUGCACAGGCAGUUCCCAUUUCAUGAGAUGUUUGCUGCUCGCGGAGGACAUGGGCAGCAAGACCUGUACCGUAUACUGAAGGCCUACACUGUCUAUCGGCCAGAUGAGGGCUACUGUCAGGCUCAGGCUCCAGUGGCUGCAGUGCUGCUCAUGCACAUGCCUGCUGAACAAGCCUUCUGGUGUCUUGUGCAAAUCUGUGAGAAAUUUUUGCCUGGCUACUACAGUGCUGGUUUGGAAGCGAUUCAGCUGGAUGGAGAGAUUUUUUUCUCUCUUCUGAGGAGAGUGUGUCCCAUGGCCUACCGUCACCUGAAGAAAUUUAAGAUUGACCCUAUACUAUACAUGACGGAGUGGUUCAUGUGCAUUUUCUCCCGCACGCUGCCUUGGUCUUGUGUUCUGCGGGUCUGGGACAUGUUCUUCUGUGAAGGAGUGAAGAUCGUGUUUAGGGUGGGUUUGGUGCUCCUCAAGCAGAUGCUGGGGUCUGUGGAUAAGCUCCGGGAACUGCAGGGCAUGUACGAGACCAUGGAGCGUCUGAGGAACAUCCCGCCCGAAUCUAUCAAGGAGGACAUACUGGUGCAAGAGGUGAUCUCUCUGUCUGUGACUGAGGCCCUCAUCGAGAGGGAGUGCAGUAUUCAGGUGCGUAAAUGGCGGGAAUCUCGUGGAGAGUUGACUCACCAGCCUGUUCGUCGUUUGCAUGGCACAAGGGCCAUCUAUGAGCAGAAACAGCGGGCUGCUGCAAUCAGCUCAGGUGGGAGCCUGUCAUUCCUGGGCGCUCAUGUCCCUCCACCUGGGCCUUUACGUGCUUCUUCAAGCCUCCUGUCGCUUCCUGGACUUAGAAAGUCCAAGACGCCAUUUCAUUCACAGAAUAAGAAGGGCUCCAUCUCUGGCAGUUUGGGUCAGGAUAUCGUCCCACUGCAGCCCCUUGGUGGUGGCACCAGCACAGUGGCCUCAAAACCUCCAAUGCCACAUGCCACUAACACGGGAGCCAGUGUGCGUCCCCCAGCUCCACAUGGGCCUAGUCCGCUAGCUACGACAUCAUCUACUACCACACCACCCGCUCCAACCGCACAUGCGUCCACUGCGCACAUGCUCCAGCCCUCACCUAAAGUUGUGUCUGAGCACAUCACCCCCACAAUCCCAUCACCCACUGCAAACAACGCACCAUUACCACCCUGCCCAGAGAUCACAAAAACGGCAGUGGAGGAAGACGGGAAAAAGAAGAAGAAAACCAAGGAGGACAAGAAGCGGGAGAAAGAGGAGGAGAAGCAGAAAUCACGGGAGAAGAAAGAGAAGGAGAAGAACGAGAAGGAAAGGCUGAAGAAGGAGAAGGAAAAGGCAGAGAAGGAGAAGAAAAAAGAGAAGGGGGGUAAGAAAAAGGACAAAAGUGGAGCAGGGGGAGAGACUGAAGAGAAGAAUGGAGCCGCAGCAGCGAAAGAUUUGGCCUAAUUCUUGCCAUUCCUUCAGCAAGAAGAAGAAGAAUAAGAACAGGAGAAUGCAAGACAAAGGAGGACAAGGAAUCUAAAUGUCUUCAGGCCAAGAGAGAGAAACAGAGAGGGAAAAUGAACAAUCUCCUGUAACAUCCAUUUCAUCUCAAGAACUCAUUUCACAAAGAUAACUAGAUCACUGCAUCUGCCCUGCGUCCCUCAUCGUCUCAUCUGCACAGUGCUUUCACCCAGUGCCGAAACAGGAAGGGGUUAUUAAAUGGUUUUCGAAGGUGGAUGCCUGCUUGAUGAGAUCAGCUGUAUGAUUAGUUCUUUCUAGAGUACUGGGUGCCAUGGUAUACAGAGACCUCUAGCGCCAUCUGUGCCAGUCCUGCCCCCCUCAAUCACCUGCUGUCCAUCAUUCACCCGAGAGGGUUCUCGAAACCAGAAUACCUGAAUAAAACAUUUCUGCUGCAUGACACUGGCGGCGGUGACUAGUAAUAACUUAAUAAUCUGUGAGUGUUCUGGAGGACCUAUUUAUUCAUCGUACUGUUGAUUGUUAGUGUGUUUGUGUGUUCUUGUAUGUCUGUGCCUUGGCAGUGUAGUGAAUCGUGUCACAUUCUCAUGCUGCAGACGGGUCUCGCCACCUCUCCAGUCCUUCCAAUCUCACUCUAUUGGAGGAUUUGUAUGUUUUUGGGAGUGGUUGAACAGCGUGGGAAAGGUACGUUCUUCUUAACAGUGGAAACAGACACUUUUAGCUAUCAGUUUCAAAAGUUGAAAUAUCCCAGUUAACCUAAGAAAUAAAAGAUCAAAAUAAACUUGUCUAUCUCCACUCAGAGACCCCAAAACCAUAAAAUGGAUAUCAGCCUGUCCAGAAAUUCACUCCGAAGUCUUUUUUUCUUUUCCGAACUAAUGGCAUUACAUAAACCGCAGUAAAUGUUUUAAAAAUAUGUGCCGAGCGUGUAGAUCACUCCAGGUAUCUGUGUGGUUUGAUGUUAAUUAUCUUAAUGUUGAUAUGGGUGUCAGUUCAGACUAGGAUCUUAUCAAAUUUAUGCACUGAGGCCUGUUGAUUUUCACCACUGAUCGGUUCAUUAAUGUAGGCACUCUCUAAUCCAGCUCACACGACUCCUUAAGUCUGCACCUUGUUCAAUGGGAAGGUUUUGGUGCAGCAUUGUAGCAUUACCCUUUGACCUCUGAAGCCCUUUGCUUCAGGUUGUAAUGUUUUGACUUGUAAAAACGUAAUUUAAUCGAAUGGAACCAUAUAAUAUCUAUUACAGCUGUCUUGUUUUUGGAUUAGAUUUUUUAUUUUUCUACACAGGAGGCCUGGUAGACUGGAAUGGCAGUGAGCUUUGUUUUACGAGAGUGUUGUAUUUAAUCCCAGGAUUGAUAUUUCUGUUAUUUUAAAAAGCGCUGAAAAUUAUUUUUGCACUUUUCUUCUCUCAACAUCCUGGAGAACAAAUCUAAGCAGUUAUUAUUUAUUUAGACGUUUUAUAAUCACUCGCUUGUCUGCAGUAUUUGUGGUGUGGGAGAUGGUGGUUUAAUACUGAUUAUUGUUUAUUUUAUUUUAUUUUUUCGAGUGUGUUAUGAUUAUUGUGUCCCGUUGAAGGGGGAAAUUAGCCCAAAGAGUUGUGAGAGAAAUAACUUUGUGUUUAUCAAAUAUCGUCCUUAACAAAACCUCCACCCAAACAGUGUUACUCCUUGUUUGAAGUGAACACCGAUUGAACUGUAAUCCGCUGACCCCUCAGUAUUAUGAAUUAUAUGAUGCAUUCACCAGGUGAUUGGACCAUGCUAUUAGGACUUUCAGCAUAUAGUGUUUUCUGUCAAGGCAGAAUAGAUCUGAAGUAGUGUCUGGGUUACAAUACAGUAGCCAAAUACUCAAUGUUAAUAUUGUAAUGGUGUCUCCUGUGUUUUCUGGACUUGUUGCAUCAUUCAGUCUCAACUGCAGGAAGUCCGUUUUCCUCCUGACCUGUCAGUGGUGCCCUAACUGACCUCAAUGGUCAUUGCUUCCUCUAAAGGCACCACUGUUCAAAAGGAAAGCAAGCAAAUUAUGUCUAUGCAAACUUUGUUUUUAACUUUCCGCACAACGAUUAUCAUUAAUGUUGUGGCCAGCAGGGGGCUCAAACUACCUUCACUGUUGACUGAAACGCAGGAACUGUUAAAGGAAAAGUGGAGUGGGAUGUAAAUGGUUAGAUCCAGAUCACCAAGAUGAUCUAGAUUUAAUAACCUGAAGAAUCGUUUUAAGUUCCAAGCACUAGCAUAAACCUGAUUUUGUACCUGUCAGGCCAUCUUCACUAACACCUUCCAUCUUGUUUGUAUCGCCAACCAAGAGUACAACAGGUGGACUUAAAAUGUUUGGACGCUGUGCUCACCAAUAAUUAAUGCUAGGCCAUCCAGUGUUGGUUUACUAAUACUCUGAGACAGCUGGGACAGGGUGUAAAAUAGCUUGACUUGUCUUGCGAAUUUCUGCAUUGGUAAAUAUGCCCCAAUGUAUGUUGUAGGAUUGCUGUAAAAUUAAUUUUAAAUAAUUUAAGUUUUGCAUUUUACUGUUUGUUUAGGUUAGCACUCUCAUCCUGUUCUUUGUAUGUCUCAUGCUUGUUUUUAAGUUUACAUGAAACUAUUUUACAGUUGAGAAUAAAAUAAUUCAUAGACAGUUGUUCUAAAACUGCAGAAGAGGAAGUUCACAGUGUAUUUAAUAAUUACAGUUGUGAUGAAUAAUAAAUCAUAAUAUAUUAAAAGCUC